AUGCACGGAGGUACGCAAUCCACUCUUGCCUUUCUCAGACAACGCUCCUGGAUCAUCGGUGGACGAGCUCCAGUGAAGACGCAUAUCCUGAGGUGCGUGAACUGUGCUUGGCAGAGAGGGAUCCGUGCCCAUCAACUGAUGGGCCAACUACCUCUUUGCCGGGUCACUACAUCGCGCCCGUUCACGCAUAUUGGCGUGGAUUACGCAGGACCGCUCACGCUGAAAACUUGGAAAGGCAGAGGAGCCAAGACGCAGAAAGGGUGGAUUUGCGUAUUUGUCUGCUUCUCAACCUCAGCUGUGUACUGCACGCAGCUUAUCGCAGCUUAUCGCAGAUUUACUUCAAGAAGAAGCAUCGCAGCCGCUUUUUACUCAGGUUGCGGUACCAACUUCCAAGGUGCGGACUCGCAGCUGAAGAAGCUCUUCACACAAAGCACACGCGAGAACCAGGACAUCGCAGCAUUGCUCGCUGAGGAUGGCACGCAGUGGCACUUCAACCCGCCUGCCGCUCCACACAUGGGUAGAAAAUGGGAGGCAGUAGUCAAAUCUCUCAAAUUUCAUUUGAGAAACACAGUUGGGGACGCUCUUCUGACGUACGAGGAAUCAAUAACAUUAUUCGCGCAGAUAGAAACGAUCCUCAAUUCGAGGCCACUGGAACCACUCAGCGACGAUCCAGACGACGCGACGUCUCAGCCCUCUCACCAGGACACUUCCAGAUUGGAACUCAGCUCAACGCAAUACCUGAACCAACGCUUCUUGAUGUCGCAGCCAACAGAUUGUCAAGGUGGCAGUUCCUGCAGCAGCGCCUCCAACAAUUUUGGAGAGUCUGGUCCAUUCAGUCUCCAUUCAGACUCCAGACCAUCUCGAAGUGGCAUCAUCCGUCCAACGAAAUCAAGGUAG